AUGUCCCACAAUGCUCAAAUCACCGCCCGCCAACUAUGGGGUCGGUUGAGCACGCCCGGUGCGACUCAGACAGCGUCCAGUGCUUGGUGUACGCCGCUCAUCUUACCGAGUGGAGGCGUCCUUGUCUUUGACGGUGACCAAACCAGCACUUUGAGUGCCCAGGUCACCUUUAAGCUGCCUUGCCAUAACCCCGAUUCGAUCAUCAGCCCCGACACCACCGGCAACUCAUCGGUCAUCGGCUUUCAGGAUCCCUUCUAUGCCUCGAUAUCACCUCAAGUAUUUGCCCUGGCCACGGCGACGGUCAUCAGUUAUAUCUUGGUCAUCCUCAUUUUCAUCACCCCUCGGACGUUCUUCAUGGGCGGGCCUGGAGGAGGGGCUAGACUUCUGGGGCGCCGCGGGCCUAUACCAGGGACAUAUGGAUCUUCGUCCAUCGUCGGCGUUGGGAGGCGGCCGCUCCUACAAAAGAUCGCGACUAUCACAGUGGCUGUUUCUCUGACGAUAGCGACCGCGGACACCUUUUCGGUCGCCGAAGACCAAUAUAACCAAGGAUACAUGGAUUCUACCCUUUUGGUGGACAGCGUUGUAGGGAGCCUUGAGAUUCGCAUUAUCCGCGUCAUCUCCGAGACAUUCCUGUGGCUCGCCCAAGUUCAAACCCUCAUUCGCCUAUUUCCGCGCCACAAAGAAAAGGUCACUAUCAAAUGGCUCGGAUUCGCUAUGGUCUCGUCGGACACCAUCUUCAGCAUCCUGGAUUCUUUUGUUGGCGGCCACUCCAGAACUCGUCCGAGGAGCUUCCAGGACGCCAUUCCCGCCCUCAAUUACUUAUUUGAACUGGCCAUCUCUCUGAUCUACGCCUCCUGUGUGGUCUACUACUGUCUAUCAAAGAGGCGUUUUGCAUUCUGGCAUCCCAAGAUGAAAAAUAUAUGUCUUGUUGCCUUAUUGUCGCUUCUUUCUGUUGUUAUUCCAGUGGUGUUUUUCGUGCUGGAUAUCUCCCAACCUAACUUGGCAGGCUGGGGCGAGUACAUUCGCUGGGUUGGUGCUGCGGCGGCGAGUGUUGUUGUCUGGGAAUGGGUCGAACGAAUAGAGUCCCUGGAAAGGGAUGAGAAAAAGGAUGGGAUUCUUGGAAGGGAAAUAUUCGAUGGGGAUGAAAUGCUCAAUAUGACUCCUUCCGACGACACAAGCUGGCAUGGCCAUGACCGCGGCACCACUAAAGACGGCGGCCUCCGCAAGACCAUGGGCGAGGGCGUCGCGGCGAGGUACAGGCGACUCCGGAGCCGAGUCCCUUUCCGCAAGCGUCGCAAGAUGGCACCUCAAGAUGGUAUCAGCACUGGCGCUGACGCAAUGGAUUCAGCCGGGCCACGGAUGAUGACUCGUAACAAUCUCGUGAUGCCUGAACCAGUUAUGACACCUCCAGAUAGAAGCGCCAGCGGAAGUGUUGCAAGUACGGUUUACGCGAUCCGCUACCAUAAUCCUACAAGCCCAGCACCAAAUCUUCAGCGUGAUGGGCGUCCGGAGCAGGAGACUGAGGCAGUCCUGCAAGUCCCAAAGGACGACUUGUCGGAGAGUUCCUCGUCGGCACCACCGCUUUCUGCCACAGAGAAGGAGAUGGCCGUGCAACCGAGAGCCUCAGUGACGAAUGAAGCGCUUGGUCGACCGAAGUGGCACUCUGUGACUCACCCUUUCAAGCGCCGUAGGGCCGAGCCCCCUGCGGAAGUGGUGGACGCUCAAAUCGCCAGUGGCAUUCGGAGGUCGCCCAUCGACAGCAACCUGAACCUGCGUGGCCGGUUAGGGGCCUUCGCGUCCGCUCAGAAGGAGCGCUUCGCUCGCCGAGGAAGUGUCCCAGCUACUGCUCUACCUGUGACCCUCAUCCCGGCGCCGAAGGGGAGCGAGCGGACUUGGUCCCCAGAUGACCUGCGUAAUGGUCUAGAUAUUGAAGGCGCGAUCCCCAUGAACACUAUUGCUCCAGCUACACAGCAGACAAGCGCCGCAGCUCAACGGGAGACUUCUGACACUCUCCAAGUGGUUCACAUACCGGCCCCAACGCCCGGGAGGACUUGGUCUCCGGACGAUCUGCCCCAAGCAGAGGGAAGUGUUUCUCGCCCAACUGACCCGAGUCUGGAGCAAUCCCGACCUGUAGGCAUGUCGCCUGCAGCACCGGAUACACUCUGUCGAAAUGUUGGAGGAGGAGCUCCAGCGAGAGAAGCAAACUCCAGCCCAGGUGGGAAUGCUGCUUACUCCGUCCCGCAGCCACCAACUGCCCACCUGUCGGAUUCGAAUACUGCGCCAACCGCUAGUGAUGCUACAGUCCAGUCCGCAGGUGAACAUCCUUCUGACCCUGACUCGUUGCAUGGAGAUGCAACCACAUCCGCUCUGGCGGUUCCGCAGAAGGGGGCUGGCGCAGAGCCAGCCGAUGAAGGACGUUUCAACGCCGAGGCUGAAGUCAAGUGCACAACUGCUCCGCCUUCGUCGGGCGUUUCAACAGAAGCAGCCCAUGAGACAGCUGAAACUGGGCAUGUAGUGCAGAGUUCGGCGGCGUCGGGAGAUGCCCGGGAUACUGGUGGGACAUGA